AUGGCGACACAAGUUUCAAUCAAAAAGUUUCGCUCAUUUUUUUCUCAGUCAAUUAUCUUUGAAAGUAUUAUUAUUGAGUUACAGGAUUUUAACAAAUUUUCUUUGUCUCUCCAAAAUGGCCUAAGCAACGAAUUUGAACAAAUUCUAAAGUCUCACGUCGAAACUGAUUACCUAGAUCUUAAGAAUAUGCCGAUUUCAAUAUCAGAGCGAAGCAUGUCUGAGAGUAUGUCAAGUAUAAGCGCUCAAUUGAUUUCUUUUGAUACAAAAGCAAUCAAUAAUAAAGAUCAGAAUAACAAUAAGGAAAUAACACUUGGAUCUUUUAUUUCACCAUUGAAAGAACCAAAUGGAAUCUGUGCUUGUGUUGCUAAACCAAAUCACCAAACUGAAGAAGAACUGGCAAAAGUAGAAAGAGAUGAAAUGACAGCAUGGAGAAGACUGCUUGAUACAUUAAAAUGGACAACUAAAGUAUGCUAUGUUCUCUGUCCACCAGUACCAAGUUUAAUGAUCCAAAAAGCUGCUUUUCAUCCUCCAAAACAUUGUCAUUACUAUUUUCUAAUUGGUGGAAAGGCUAACAAUCGCCAACAUUUUCGCGAUGCAAAAAGCGCUCGAGAAAGUACCGAUUUGACCAUCUGCUUGCCGCAUUUAUUGUUACCAAAAUUUAAAAAUUCAGAUGUCGCGGACCAGCUGUUGCGGAUUGAGGUCCAUUUAAUAACAUCAGCUAAUGACGAUACUAUGGUGGCGCUUUAUGUCCGAUGUGAGAAAUCUUACCAAUGCAAAAAAUCAGCGCCUUAUGUAAUACUUUUUGCCCAGCCAAAUAGUUCAGAUCUUGGAUCGUGUAUGCUUACCGAUCCUAACUUGGUUGAUAUAGCAGAUUUUUUACAGUGUGAUCUGAUGGCAUUUGACUACAGUGGUUUUGGGUUGAGUACUGGAACUCCAACAGAAAAAAGCGUUUAUCAGAAUAUGGAGACCGUUUAUCACUAUUUAAUUGAAGAAAUGAGGGCACAACCAAAUGAAAUAAUCCUAAUAGGAUUCAGUAUGGGCACCGCAGUUGCUAUUCAUUUGGCGUCACGUGAAAAAGUUCCGUUAAGCCAAUUAUUUAUUCACGAAGUGGCAGGAUUGGUUCUAAUUGCCCCUUUCACAUCCCUAUUACGUGUUCUUGGACGCAAACCGGAUAGUAAAAGGACCUGUUGUUUGGAUCAGUUCUCAAGCAUCGAUAAAGUGUCAAAAGUACAUUGUCGUACAUUAAUCUGUCAUGGAGUGAAGGAUGCGAUUGUUUCGAUUAAUCAUAGUAUUGUAUUACAAAAGCGACUACCAAACGCUACAAAACCUUUUUAUCUUGAUGAAGCUACUCAUCAAGGCAUAUAUUGCGAACGCAAAAUGUGGAACCGCGUGCAACAGUUUCUGUUUCAUGAGCUUGAUAAUAGCAGGAAAUGGAAUGAACCAGUGAAAACGAAACGAGCAUUUAUUGAUUAUAAUUUUUAA